CCCUCUCGUCCACAGUUUCACGUCAUUGGAUACAUGUUUCUAUAUAUACACACUCCUAAUCGAUAAUAAAGUACUACAUGCAGCUGUUGCUUGAGCAAACAGUUUUCGAGCUCAUGUGCUAGUCAGCUCGUGCAAUAACCAUGGCCAACGAGCGAUGUCGUGUUGCGCUCUUCGUCCUCAUCGUUUGCGCCUUCGCCUACGCCGCUGUCUACACCUCCUCGCCUGCAGUCUCCGUGAACCCAUGCGCCCAAACUCUGACAAGGGCCCUCCUCGCCGUCACCGGGCUAGACCCGUACGUCGUCUCCUGCGCCGCCGACGACGGCGUCUCGACCCCCCUGCUCUCCGACGGCGGUCACGACAAGAUCAACGCCGGCCGCGUGGGCGGGCCUAUUGUCACUGACCUCCUGCAGUGCCGAAAACCGGAGGGUCCAGAUUUCCCGGAGGACCUCCAAUGCUGCCCGCCGAUGCCCACGUCCGAACCAAUCGAUUUCACGCUCCCCGACCCGAGCGAGCCGCUCCGGACGCGGCGGCCGGCGCACGUAGCCGGCGCGGAGUACAUGGCCAAGUACGAGCGCGCGAUCGCGCUGAUGAAGGCGCUGCCGCGGAGCGACCCGCGCAGCUUCUACCAGCAGGCGCACAUCCACUGCGCCUACUGCACCGGCGCGUACCGGCAGGUCGGCCACCCGGAGCUGGCCGUCCAGGUGCACUUCUCCUGGCUCUUCUUCCCGUUCCACCGCGCCUACCUCUACUUCUUCGAGCGCAUCGCCGGGAAGCUGCUCGGUGACCCCGGGUUCGCGGUGCCGUUCUGGAGCUGGGACGUGCCGGAGGGGAUGCGGAUGCCGCUGCAGUUUGCCAACGCGUCGUCGCCGCUGUACGACCAAAUGAGGAACCCGUGGCACGCGCCGCCCAAGCUCGUGGACCUGGAUUACGCCAUGGACGUCGUGGAGAACAACUACACCGACGAUGAGCAGAUAAAGCACAACCUCUGGAUCAUGUACAAGCAGAUGAUUAGCAGUGCGCCGUUGGCCUCCUUAUUCCACGGCCAACCUUUUCGUGCAGGUGAGGCUAGCAAGCCAGGUGCGGGAACCGUGGAGCUACAACCACAUAACUUGAUGCAUGUUUGGGUUGGCGACUUAUUGUCUUAUCCCAACGCCGAGGAUAUGGGAGCUUACUACGCCGCUGGUCGUGACCCGAUCUUCUACACGCAUCAUGCUAACAUCGAUCGGCUGUGGGAUGUAUGGCGCAGCAAUGGCAAAGGCGAAGACUUUACGGACCCUGAUUGGCUCGACUCCUCGUUUCUCUUCUACGAUGAGGAGGCCCGUCUUGUGCGCAUCACCGUCCGUGACGUGCUCGACAUGGACAAGCUCCGAUACACGUAUCGUGGCGUUGGUUUACCAUGGUUGGAUGCACGGCCACCCACUACUCCCAACGUGAAGUACAGAGUGAAAAACAGGGUCGAGAAGCCCGUCAUGUUUCCAGUAUCCCUUGGCAAUGUGGUGACCGCAGAGGUGAGACGACCGCUAAUGUUGUGGAGACAGCCAAAAGGGGCAACACAAGAGGAGGUGCUGGUGGUCGAGCACAUCCAGACAGAUGGCGUGUGCAAGUUUGAUGUGUUUGUCAAUGCUAGGGAGCACAAGAAAAUCGAGCCAUGUGGACGGGAGAUGGUCGGGAGCUUUGUGUGUUUAAGGCAUCACAACACGCAAAACAAUGUGACACGGAGAGGGGUACAAACCACCAUGAGGGUGGCACUGAAUGAUAUCUUAAAGGACCUAGGUGCCGAGCAAGAUGAGAGUGUGACUGUGACUUUGGUGCCAAGACAUGGAAAGGUUAGGAUCGGAGGCGUGAGAAUAGAAUACAAUGGAAUGUGAAAAUAUAUACUUCCUCCAUACUCGUAAAAAGAAAUCGUUUAGGACAGCGACAUGAUCUCCAAAAUACAAUUUUAACUUUUUAUUUUUAUAAAAAUAUUUAUUGAAAAGUGAUAUAUGUAUAUUUUUAUGAAAAUAUUUUUCAAGACAAAUCUAUACAUAUAAUUUUUACAUUUUCAAACUCAGCAACUUGAGAGUUAUUCAUGAUUUAUAUUCCCAAUGUUUACUUUAAACAUUGUCCUAAACGAUUUUCUUUAUAAGUAUGGAGUAGUAUAUACAAGUAGAAAUUUUAUUGUGGAUAUAUUGAUACUGAGUAGUUACUCUCUUUGUUUCAAAA